AUGAGGGCAGGAGGAGGGGCCGGAAAAGACCAGGGAAAGAGCAAAGGAAGAUCAGGACAAUAUCAGGAGAAUGACGAGCGGUCGAGAAGGAGUGGGAAUAGGGGCUUGGCUUAUGAGGCGAGAUGGUGGGGAGGAGCAGGGCAGGAGGGAGAAAAUGAGAGAAGCAGGAGACUGAAUACGAAGACUCAUUUGCAAGAAAAGAUCAGGGCAAGAUCAGGGCAGGAGCAGGGCAGGGCAGGAGCAGGGCAGGAGCAGGGCAGGAGCAGGGCAGGAGCAGGGCAGGAGCAGGGCAGGAGCAGGGCAGGAGCAGGGCAGGAGCAGGGCAGGAGCAGGGCAGGAGCAGGGCAGGAGCAGGGCAGGAGCAGGGCAGGAGCAGGGCAGGAGCAGGGCAGGAGCAGGGCAGGAGCAGGGCAGGAGCAGGGCAGGAGCAGGGCAGGAGCAGGGCAGGAGCAGGGCAGGCCAGAAGCAGGGCAGGAGCAGGGCAGGAGCAGGGCAGGAGCACGGCAGGAGCAGGGCAGGAGCAGGGUAGGAGCAGGGCAGGAGCAGGGGAGGAGCAGGGCAGGAGCAGGGGAGGAGCAGGGCAGGAGCAGGGGAGGAGCAGGGCAGGAGCAGGGGAGGAGCAGGGCAGGAGCAGGGGAGGAGCAGGGCAGGAGGGAGAAAAUGAGAGAAGCAGGAGACUGA